UGCCGCUCGCUCCGCUCUGCCGCGGCCACCAGCACAUCCCGGUGCAUCUUCGCCGGCUGGCGCAGCAGCCCUCCUCUGCGGCAGCCGCGCCUCGCCAAACGGCGCAGUGCCGCAGGCUCGCCCGAGAGGCCGCUCGCCGCCGCCGCCGCCUCGGCUGCCGCUGCCGCGGGCCGCCCUGUGCGGACCGUGGGCUGCGCCGACGCCACCUCCGAUCCUGUACGGUUGUGGGCGCCUCGGCGCGCCCUGUGCUCCGCAAACCUGCGGCGGGCGGCCUGGGAGAAUGCGGCCAUGGUGCGCCGAGAACGCUUGCGCAGGAUGAGGGAGUGGUGGGUCCAAGUGGGGCUACUGGCCGUGCCCUUGCUGGCUGCGUACCUGCACAUCCCACCUCCUCAGCUCUCCCCUGCUCUGCACUCAUGGAAGACAUCGGGCAAGUUUUUCACCUACAAGGGACUUCGCAUCUUCUAUCAAGACUCCGCUGGUGUUGUUGGAAGCCCUGAGAUAGUUGUGCUUUUACAUGGUUUUCCAACAUCCAGCUACGACUGGUACAAGAUCUGGGAAGGUCUGACUCUGAGGUUUCAUCGAGUGAUUGCCCUUGACUUCUUAGGCUUUGGCUUCAGUGACAAACCGCGACCACAUCAGUAUUCCAUAUUUGAGCAAGCUAGCAUUGUGGAGUCCCUUCUUCGUCACCUGGGACUCCAGAACCGCAGAAUCAACCUGUUGUCUCAUGACUAUGGAGAUAUUGUUGCUCAGGAGCUGUUGUAUAGGUACAAGCAGAAUCGAUCUGGCCGGCUUACCAUAAAGAGUCUCUGUCUGUCAAAUGGAGGUAUCUUUCCUGAGACUCACCGUCCUCUUCUUCUCCAAAAGCUCCUCAAAGAUGGAGGCGUGCUCUCGCCUGUCCUCACGCGGCUCAUGAACUUCUUUGUGUUCUCUCGAGGUCUCACUCCAGUCUUCGGUCCGUACACUCGACCCUCUGAGAGUGAGCUGUGGGACAUGUGGGCUGGGAUCCGCAACAAUGAUGGGAACUUGGUCAUCGACAGUCUCUUACAGUACAUCAAUCAAAGGCAGAAAUUCAGAAGACGCUGGGUGGGAGCACUUGCUUCUGUGACCAUCCCCAUUCAUUUUAUCUAUGGGCCAUUGGAUCCUAUAAAUCCCUAUCCAGAGUUUCUGGAGCUGUACAGGAAAACGCUGCCGCGGUCCACAGUGUCGAUUCUGGAUGACCACAUUAGCCACUACCCACAGCUAGAGGAUCCCAUGGGCUUCUUGAAUGCAUAUAUGGGCUUCAUCAACUCCUUCUGAGCUGGAAAGAGUAGCUUCCCUGUAUUAAUUACUCCCAUUCUCGUAUCUGUAUGUACUCCACUUAGAAGUGCCCAAAAGAGGUCCUGGCAAUCAAAUACCAUUCUUUCAUAAAGUCCAUUUUAUUCACACUGGUGAACAAAUUAUAGAAAAUAGGCAGCAAAGACUCUAAGGAUGACAUGAUAAUCCAUCUCUCAUUCUCUAAAGGGUGACAUGAUAUUCUUCCCCUCAUUAUUACUGUGAAAUCUGACCAAGUGUAUGGAUCUGCUGUUGUUUUGUGUUAUUAGAACAUUCUGAAGAACAACACUUCUCAAUUACGCAGAAAAACAGCAUUGGGCAUUCUUUUUCGUAAAAUACUUUAAAAAAAAAAAUCCCCCCAAUUCUGUGGACUUUGCUGAAAUAUUUAGAAAUGCUAAUUUCUGGCCCAACCCUAAUUGGAAUCCUGUAGUAAAGAGUGAGGGAGGAGCUUGCUUAUCUCCCCUACAAGCUCUCUAUACCACACAGCUAUGAGAAGGAAUAUCUUGUCACACCUUACAUUUAGUUUCAUCAGCUGCUUCUAAUUAUAGACAUUUUGUUGAAACAGACAUUGGCUUAGCAGGCUGGGGACAUAGCUCAGUGGUAGUGUGUCUGCCUAGCAAGCUAAAACCAAGCUUGGGUUCAAUCCCCAGCACUGCCCACCCCCACCCCCCACCCCCAAAAAUACUCACCAAACUAAAGUAGAAUCAUUGGCAUAAAUGAUACAGUGUUCUGAAUAUGCUUUUAAGGCUGAUUAGCAUACUCAAGUGUGUAGUUUAUAGGGGUAUUAAAACAACUGGUCUGUACUUGCUAGAGUAGAGAACCUCAUCACACAUAUAAUUUGUGAAUAAACAGAUUCAAAUUA